AUGGGCUGCUCCAUUUAAAAACAGAAGCUUCCACUAUCUCAAUAAACUAUUGCUGUAUAUUAAAAAUUAAUAACCUAGUUCUCAAUUAACACUCAUACUCCUUAAUCUUCAUAGGAUAUUACUGAGCGAUAGCAAAAUUUAAAAACUCUGAAAUCACUAUUGAAAAGCUCGAAUUUUGCUAUUGCAUAGACUUACUAAACUAAUAACAGAAGAAGAAUGAAUCAUCUGAAAAAAUCAUGA